UUUUUUAACGCAGUUCCUCUUUGUAAGCUGUGGGUGGUGCUACAAACCAUUUGGGUGCAAACACAGAUCGAUAUCCUAGGCGGCAUCAAUCUCUUUCCCUACGCUACGUCGACUCGACUCUACGCCAAAGCUGUAAUAUCCUGGAACUAUUCUCCGCUUUCGUUCAUUUGUUAGUCGAUUCGUGUUUUCCAUCUUCCUAAUUAUCCUAAUAUGUAUAUAUAAAGUUGAGAUUGAAAACCCUAGCCUCGUUCUCUGUCUGCGUACCUGUGGGUUAUUACAAGAAUUUUCGAGGCCUGAAUUUCUUCGCACAAACCUAAGUCCGAUAAACCGCUCCUCCAGAUCAAAGAGCCUGUUGCUGUUUUGGACCGCGGAGGAGUUGUAGAGGAACAAUGUUUGGUUCAACUAACCCUUUUGGGCAGUCAUCAAAUGGCCCAUUCGGGUCCCAAUCCAUUUUUGGGCAAACUAAUAAUGCAAGCAGCAAUCCGUUUGCUCCCAAACCCUUUGGGAGUACAACUCCUUUUGGUUCGCAGACAGGGGGUUCCAUUUUUGGUGGCACUUCAACCGGGGUAUUUGGUGCAACCCAAUCUUCUGCACCUUCCACGCCAGCUUUUGGUGCUUCACCCUCCCCAGCUUUUGGUAGUUCCGUACCUGCUUUUGGAGCUUCGUCAACUCCCGCGUUUGGUAGUUCAUCAUCUUCAUUUGGAAGUGGUUCUGUUUUUGGACAGAAGCCUGUUUUUGCAGGCUUUGGGUCAAGCACUACGCAGACAAAUCCGUUUGGAGGCACAUUCCAACAAUCACAGCCGGCAUUUGGGAGCAGCCUUUUUGGUUCUUCUACACCAUUUGGUGCAUCAAGUCAACCUGCAUUUGGCACUUCUAGCACUCCAGCCUUUGGUUCAACUAGCACACCUGCCUUUGGUGCCACAAGUUCCCCAAAUUUUGGGGUGACAAGCACCCCGGCUUUUGGUUCCACUGCAAGUCCUGCAUUCGGUAGCACAGGCAGUGCAUUUGGUGUCUCAAGUGCACCUGUCUUUGGAUCUGGGGGAGCAUUUGGGGCUUCAAGCACUCCUGUCUUUGGAUCAACAAGCACCCAAGCCUUUGGCGCGCCAAGCACUCCAGCAUUUGGUGCAUCAAGCAGCCCAGCAUUUGGUGCUUCAAGUACUCCUGCUUUUGGUGCUUCGAGUGCUCCAUCAUUUAGUUUUGGCUCCACUCCUGCGUUUAGCCAAUCAGUUUCUGCUUUUGGAAGCAGCCCAUUUAGUACUUCCACAUCGCCCUUUGGAGCUCAGAGUUCUUCAUUUGGAGCUCAGGCUACAACUCCAACAUUUGGUAGUGCUGGUUUUGGGCAAGCUGGUUUUGGGGGUCAACGUGGGGGAACUAGGGUGGCUGCUUAUGCACCAACAGCUGAGUUAGAUAGUGGCACUGGUUCACAGCCUGCUGGGAAGUUGGAGUCAAUAUCUGCCAUGCCAGUAUACAAAGACAAAAGCCAUGAAGAGCUGAGAUGGGAGGACUACCAGUUGGGUGAUAAAGGAGGACCAGCUCCUGCUGGACAGUCUACUGGUGCUAUUGGAUUCGGUGCUGCUACUACACAGUCAAACCCUUUUGCUUCUUCAUCAGCAUUUGGUCAGUCAUCUGCGAAUCCAUUUUCAUCCCCAACACCUUCCAAUCCCUUUGCUCCAAAAACUCCAGCCUUUGGUAGUACAGGCUUUGGAUCAUCCUCUGCAGCCUUUGGUUCUUCACCCUUUGGUGGUUCAUCCACUUCCAAUCCUUUUGGUUCUACUUCAUCUGGAACGACUUCCAUAUUUGGCGCAUCGGGUUCAGCAUUUGGAGCCAAUACAUCACCGUCGCUGUUUGGUUCAGCAAGCUCAUCUGCUUUUGGAACAUCAACAUCUAUUUUUGGUUCUGCAUCAGCUCCAGGAACAGCUUCAGCAUUUGGUUCUGGUUUAAGUUUUGCUAACACUCAAUCGUCCCCACUAUUCCAGUCAUCUACGCCUUCACUUGGACAAACAAAUUCGCUCUUUGGACAGACUGCCCCUGCUUUUGGACAGAAUACCCAAGCCUUUGGUCAAUCAAGUUUAUUUAAUACACCUUCUACGGGGUUUGGGGCCAACUUGUUCUCAAGCACUCCGUCGCUGCUAUCUACAAGCAAUCCUAUGGGAUUUGGUCAAACAACUCCCUCACUUUCCACUCCUUUUCAGUCUGUCCAACCUGCUCAGACAACUGGCUCAUUGGGUUUCAACAACUUCGGUCAGACACAACAAGGUGGUACAGGCACUUUUGGAAGCAUGUCAACCAUGUUUGGUCCGAAUAAUUUUGGACAAUUGUCUGCUACCCAGAGCUCUGCAGUUGCCCAAGCGCUCCCUGUUAACAAUCCAUUUGGAACUCUACCUGCAAUGCCUCAGAUGUCAAUUGGUCGUUCAGGGACUGCACCUUCUAUUCAAUACGGAAUUUCUUCCUUGCCUGUCGUUGACAAACCAGCUCCUGUUAGAAUAUCAUCUUUGUUAAC